CCGCGCCAGACAGAGAGCAAGCAAGUCAACAGCAAUCUUGAUAGAGCGCAACUUUCACCACAGCAAGAUGUGCGCACAAACCCUACUGUUUAAAGACAGCUCGACCUAAGGCGCGCCACAGAAAUCAGGACAUUGGACAGCGACACCCGGCCGAUUUCAGAACCUCCAACCCGGCGGAAAGCACAAAGUCCCCGGCUCUCGACCCUCUUAUCAGAGAGCAAUGGGUUGCAGAAGCUCUGCUAUUAAUGUUAAACUUAACUCACUCUUCUACCCAGUAUGGUAACAGUAUCGAUACUGAGGGGACCAACGCGAGUGGRGGAUGCCAGGGUUGCAACUGCCUUGACAGACUAAGAGCCCUAUCACAUUCACUUCAAGUACCAAGUCAGAAAAGAACACAAGRGUCGCGUCAGAAGUGAAUUGACAGGUUAGACACACCAUGGGGAUACGGCACCUUUUGCUGCUCCUCAUAUACCUGGAUCCCCUGAGCGUUUUCUGCGCCGCCACGGGAGGCAAGAAAGUGAAGACGGAGACCAAGCGGACUCCCAAGGCAAAAGAAGCCAACAUCACCGCGGCGGUCCCCACCGCUGCGCCGCAGAAGAACACGACCAAGGACUACGAUAUGUGCACGGGUUACUACGACGUGAGCGGACAAUUUGAUAGAGAGUUUGCGUGUAACAACACGGUUCACCGCUACUGCUGCGGGUCCUGCUUCCUGCGGUUCUGRUGCCAGGAAAAAGAAAAACGAGUGGAUCAGUCAAGCUGUAAAAACUACAACACGCCGGACUGGGUGAAAACGCCUCCCCCGUCGCCAGCCUCGACGGGACAGCCUUUUGACCCGAGRAUGGACCAGACGAACACRGCGGUGUACAUCACCUGUGGGAUCAUAGCUUUUAUUUUAGUGGUGGGAGUUUCGGCUAAAGUUGCCUACGACAAAGCCACAGAGCCACCUCAGGAAAUGAAUAUCCAUAGGGCCCUUGCAGACAUCCUGAGGCAGCAGGGGCCCAUUCCCAUAUCUCAGUACGACUGUGAGAACUUUGCAGCGAUGAACGGCUCUCCCAAAGACAACACUCCUCAACGAACCUCCUCCAAGAACCACUACACCCCUGUCCACCAGUCCAAGUCCAACCACGGUCUCCAAUACGGGAAGGAGAGCAUCCGCAGCA